AUGAGUGCAGUUGAUCUUAACAGGCUAAGCCAAACAUGCAACACAAUUAUUUUUGGACCAAAGUUUACACUUGAUUUAAUGGAGUCCAGUAAGUGCAAUUCUCCUGAAAACCGACAAAACCAGACUUAUAAGUUAGAUUGUCAGACAGACAGAGAUGUUUAAAUACAAUGGCAGACAAUGAAGCCAGUAUGAAGAGUUAUGUAGUAUUUAGAGGUACGAACAGCACCCUAAUGAUGUACUCAAGUAAGAGUAGCACUGCUUCAGGAUAUUUUUACUCAAGAAGGAAAAAACUAGACAUCUAAAAAAAAAUCCCCUAAAUAAGUGUAAAAAAAGAAGUACUUGUUAAAAAAUAAGGCUACUCAAGUACAUAGUACUAGAGUGGUACUGUUUGGUACCAACCUUGACACGAUUAUAUGAGUUGUUUUAACGAAAAAUCGAUCAGAAGCGCCGUGAAUAUCGUCAGAUCAAGCCAAUACAUGAUACACGUUUUUAGCAAUUUGAUGUAAAUUACCUUACAAAGGUAAAAUACAUCCUCAUGUUGUUUUUAUAACAUUUCUGAAAGUGAACAUUUCAAGAAAUCUGUUGUAAAUAAUUUGGUAACAUAAAACCUGUAAAGGCAGCCAUAGAACCAUCCUGUACACCCCAAUUUAUAAAAUAAAAUUUAAAAAAAGCGAGAAAUAGACGUCUUUCCUAUUUCCGAUGGACAUUGAAUGAGGCUCAAGUUCUCCAUGUUGUUACAGCCGCAGCUCUUUUUCAGGCAACUAGGCAGGAGAGCAUUGUUAGAUGUAAUUAGUUUCCAAAUCCAUCCAGGUGUGUUAAGCAGCGGUCGCUCUGUACUCGCAGUUCAGCCUUACUAGCCGGUUUUCCAGGGGACUUGUUUAGUGUAACACGCAGCUAGCGUGCUACACUAAAUUUAUCCGGCUAUAAACAGUUCCUGCAGCUGCUACAGCUCCCCAUACAUGUGCUCCUACCGGAGAGGCAACUGCCUGAGUCUGUGUCCACGUGGAUCAAUCCAUUUUGGAGACGUGCCUUGAACCUUGAAGGGCCGGAGCAGCAGAUGAAAGGCAGAUGAUCGAUGACAUAGGGAGCAGGGCUCUAGAGUCAGCACGCUGGCCUUGUUUCUCACUAUGGUGAACCAGGUGCAGCAAGUGGACGGCAGCUGGCAGUCGUGUCGAGGUGACUCCAGCGGCGGCAGCAACAGCAGCGCCGAGAGCUCCAACGAGAGCUCUCGCUGCUCCACCCCGGUGCUGGAUGCAGACCGCUCUGAUCGGCUGCGGGAAAAGAUGAGGAAGAGGACGGAGUCCGGAGAUCAGUGGUUCUCCCUGGAGUUCUUCCCCCCACGCACGGCCAGCGGUGCCGUCAACUUGAUCUCCAGGUUUGACCGGAUGGGUUCUGGAGGACCGCUCUUCAUUGAUAUCACCUGGCACCCAGCAGGAGACCCCGGCUCAGACAAGGAGACCUCCUCCAUGAUGAUUGCCAGCACAGCGGUGAACUACUGUGGCCUGGAGAGCGUCCUCCACCUGACCUGCUGCAACCAGACCAAGGAGAAGAUCACCGGCUACCUGGCUAAGGCGAAGCACCUGGGCCUGAAGAACAUCAUGGCGCUGAGGGGAGAUCCAGUGGGAGACGACUGGGAGAACGAGGAGGGAGGCUUCAACUUUGCUGUCGACCUCGUUAAGCACAUUCGAUCUGAGUUUGACGAAUACUUUGACAUUUGUGUUGCUGGCUACCCAACGGGCCACCCUGAGGCAGAAAGCUACGAGCAGGAUCUGCAGCACCUGAAGGAGAAAGUGGAUGCUGGUGCAGACUUCGUCAUCACGCAGCUGUUCUUCCGCGCUGACACCUUCCUGAAGUUCCUGGAUGACUGCAGGGCGGCCGGGAUCACGUGUCCCAUCCUUCCYGGAAUCUUUCCCAUCCAGGGAUACCAGUCGUUACGUCAGCUCGUCAAGCUGUCUAAGCUCCAAGUACCAGAGGAAAUCACUAAAAUCAUUGAGCCCAUCAAAGACAAUGAUGCUGCUAUCCGGAACUAUGGAAUCCAUCAGGCGGUGGACAUGUGUCGUGUCCUGCUGGACAGCGGAAAGGUGCCAGGCCUCCACUUCUACACUCUGAACCGAGAAGUUGCCACCAUGGAGGUCCUCCGACAGCUGGGCCUGUGGGUAGAAGACCCCAGACGCCCUCUUCCCUGGGCCGUUAGUGCAAAUCCCAAACGGAAGGUAGAGGAUGUCCGACCAAUUUUCUGGGCCUCYAGACCAAAGAGCUACAUCUACAGGACCCAGGACUGGGAUGAGUUCCCCAACGGCAGAUGGGGAAAUUCUUCAUCUCCAGCUUUUGGAGAAUUAAAUGACUACUACCUGUUUUACUUAAAAAGUAAAUCCUCUAAAGAAGCUCUUCUACAGAUGUGGGGGGAGGAACUGAAGAACGAACAAAGCGUCUUUGAAGUCUUCACAUGCUACAUCACAGCACAACCAAACCGAAACGGACAGAAGGUGUUGUGCUUACCCUGGAACGACGAGCCUUUGGCCCCGGAGACCAACUUUUUGAAAGACGAGCUUGAGAAGGUUAACAGAYGUGGAGUCCUCACCAUCAACUCUCAGCCCAACAUCAAUGGUAAACCAUCUGCGGACCCUGUGGUAGGCUGGGGGCCUCCAGGAGGAUAUGUCUUCCAGAAGGCCUACCUGGAGUUUUUCACCUCCAGUGAAAAUGUCACAGCCCUCCUGAAGGUCCUGAAGAAGUACGAGCCUCGUGUCAACUAUCACAUUGUUAACGUGCAUGGACAUAACAUGACCAACGCACACGACAUGCAGCCUAAUGCCGUGACGUGGGGCAUCUUCCCUGGCAGAGAGAUUGUCCAGCCCACGGUAGUGGACCCRGUCAGCUUCAUGUACUGGAAGGUACGUUACCAAGCCUGUAGCUUCAGGAGCCUUUGGUGAAGUUAUCAACCUUGU